GCCAAGUCCCGAACCAGCGCGCACUUGGUGACGUGCGGAGCGCGCGCAGACAACCGGCGGAACAACGCGGAGCAGCCGACCGGCGCACACUGGGGCUCAUUCUUUCUUUCUUUUUUUUUUCUUUCUUUUUUUGUGUGUUGUUGUUGCUGUACAAUGCAGCGGGGAUAGAGACAGCAUUCACACACACACACGCACACACCUAGCGGCGUCGCAGCGAAACGAGGACAGACGCCGGGGAGGACCGGAGCAGCGCGCGACCGACCGACCGAGGAGGCGGAGGCGGCGAGCGAUCUGAUUGGUCUGUGAUGAGCAGCCCCGUCCACCGGAGACCAAAGGCCCGCCCCCGUUGAAGUGAUGUCACACCAGCACCACCGCUUCGAGCGGGACUACCGCGGCCCGUGGGAGCGGCGGGACGCGCGUCCGUCCGGCCUCCACAACGGCGCCGCUGGCCACAGCUGCGCCUCCGCCGUCGUCAACGGCGGCAACAACCGCCCGGGGCUCCUCCCCCUUCCCGUCAUCCCCUCGCUCCUCCUCGCCAACCCGGUCGCGGCGGCCGUGACGACGGCGAGCGGCGGCGGCGGCGACGCGGCGGUCAAGCGAGGCGUCCCCACGGCGGGAUCGGUGGCUUUGGCCUGCGCCAAGGUCUCCGGUCUGUCUCCUGGAGACGGCCAGACCCCGGGCCUGCUGCUGGCCCCGGGGGUCAGGUGGGGUCAGACGCCCAUCAACCAGCUCACGCCCUGGGAUACAGACGAGCCCCCCGCCAAGCAGCACCGAGACAACGAGCCCACCGGUCCGGCCUGGGCGGCGCCGGCGGCGGCGAGCCAGCCCGGCCUGCCGCCCCACAGCUACGCCCUCCCCCAGCCGCCGCCCUUCGGCCACGGCGUGACGGCGCCGUCCCCCGUCGUCGUCGGCGCGACGCCGUCCGUCCGGGCGCCGAUGCCGCCGCACCACCCGCUCAUGACGGCCCACUUCCAGCUGACGCCGCGCUCCACCCAGCAGCUGCCCUGCAUGGUGCUGACCAUGCCCGGCGGCGGGCGUCAGCAGCAGCAGCAGCAGCAGCCGCCGCCGCCGCCGCCGUACGCCUCCGUGCACCCGGCGGCCCGCGGCGCCCACGCCAACGCCAACCCCCGCGUGGUCCACCCCAACCCGCACAGCGUCAUGGGCAACGGACACCUGACCUCUCACCCCGGCCUCGUCAUGCAGCACCCGGCGCCGCCGCUCACCAACGGGCAGGCCGCGGCGAUGGCGGUGGCGGCGGCGGCGGCACACGGCCAGCCCGCCGCCGCAGACAAUCAGGACGCCGCCAACGGGCCCAACGGGCUGCAGAUGCUGCGGACGGUCGGGAUGGGGAAGUACGAGUUCAGCGACCCGGGACACCCCAAAGAGAUGUUGAAGGAGCUGAACCAGCAGCGCAGAGCGAAAGAGUUUACAGACCUGAAAAUAAUUGUUGAAGGCAAAGAGUUUGAAGUCCACCAAAAUGUUCUAGCUUCCUGCAGCUUGUAUUUCAAGGAGCUGGUGAAAAGGUCGUCGGGCGAGACGCGGAGCGGCGAGCCGCUGGAGCUGAACAUGAGCAACAUCGGCGCCGACGUGCUGGAGCUGCUGCUGGAGUUCGUGUACACGGGCUCGCUGGUCAUCGACUCGGCCAACGCCAAGACGCUGCUGGAGGCCGCCAACAAGUUCCAGUUCAACACCUUCUGCAAAGUCUGCGUCUCCUUCCUGGAGAAACAGCUGACCGCGGCGAACUGCCUGGGCGUGCUGGCCAUGGCGGAGGCCAUGACCUGCACCGAGCUCCACAACAUGGCCAAGGCCUUCGCGCUGCAGAACUUCCCCGAGGUGGCGAGACAGGAGGAGAUCCUGGGCGUGUCCAAGGAGGACCUGGUGGCCUACCUGUCCAACGACAGCCUCAACACCAAAGCCGAGGAGCUGGUCUACGAGACGGUCAUCAAGUGGAUCAAACAGGACCCCGACAGCCGAGUGCAGACUCUGUCCGACCUGCUGGCGGCGGUGCGCCUCCCCUUCAUCCACCCGUCCUACCUGCUGAACGUGGUGGACAACGAGGAGCUCAUCAAGUCGUCGGAGGCUUGCCGCGACCUGGUGAACGAGGCCAAGCGCUACCACAUGCUGCCGCACGCGCGCCAGGAGAUGCAGACGCCGCGGACGCGGCCGCGCCUCUCCGCCGGUGUAGCGGAGGUGAUAGUUCUGGUGGGGGGGCGCCAGGCGAUCGGGAUGAGCCAGCGCUCCCUGACCGCCGUCACCUGCUUCAACCCCCAGAGCAGUAAGUGGUACCCGCUGGCCAGCCUGCCCUUCUACGACCGCGAGUUCUUCAGCGUCAUCUCGGCGGGAGACAACAUCUACCUGUCAGGGGGCACGGAGACCGGCGUGAUGCUGGCCGACGUGUGGUGCUACAUGUCCCUGCUGGACAACUGGAAUCUGGUGUCCCGGAUGACGGUGCCCCGCUGCCGGCACAACAGCCUGGUGUACGACGGCAAGCUCUACACCAUCGGGGGCCUGGGCGUCUCGGGGAACCUGGACCACGUGGAGAGGUACGACACCAUCACCAACCAGUGGGAGACGGUGUCCCCGCUGCCCAAGCCGGUGCACUCGGCGGCCGCCACGGUGUGCGGCGGGAAGGUCUACGUGUUCGGCGGCGUGAACGAGGCCGGGCGCUCGGCCGGCGUCCUCCAGUCCUACGUGCCGCGCAGCGACACCUGGAGCUUCAUCGAGUCGCCGAUGAUAGAUAAUAAAUACGCCCCCGCGGUGAGUCUAAAUGGUCUGAUCUUCAUCCUGGGGGGAGCAUACGCUCGAGCCACCACCAUCUACGACCCGGACAAGGGGAACAUCAAGGCCGGGCCCCACAUGAACCACUCCCGACAGUUCUGCAGCGCCGCGAUCGUGGACGGGAAGAUCUUCGCCACCGGGGGCAUCGUGAGCAGCGAGGGCCCGGCGCUCGGCAACAUGGAGACCUUUGACCCCUGCGCCAACACGUGGACGCUGCUGCAGUCGCUGCCCUGCCCGCUGUUCAGGCACGGCUGCGUGGUCAUCAAGAAGUACAUUCAGAGCGGCUGAGGGGGCGGAGCCUCUGGACCCCGGACACGCGGCGUGGCGUUGACCUCUGGACUUUUUUUUUACACCGGCAUCCAUCCACUCGGUACUCGUCCCGCCUCCCAGGAACAAUAACAACAACAACAACAAAAAAGCCCCGUGUAGAAUGUACUCGUCAGGUGACCUCUCACCUCCUCGUGUCAGGUGACCUCACCUCCUCGCGUCAGGUGACCUUGUGUCAGGUGACCUCACCUCCUCGCGUCAGGUGACCUCGUGUCAGGUGACCUCACCUCCUCGCGUCAGGUGACCUCACCUCCUCGUGUCAGGUGACCUUGUGUCAGGUGACCUCACCUCCUCGCGUCAGGUGACCUCGUGUCAGGUGACCUCACCUCCUCGUGUCAGGUGACCUCGUGUCAGGUGACCUCAC